AUGCAGAAUAAAGUGUAUAUUUCCGGCAAUUAUGCUGAAGAGUUCCUGGCAGAAGGUUUGCGAAAUGAGAACCUCAGUGCUGGUGCAAGGGACAACAGAGAUCAUAUUCUACGGGGCUUUCAGCAAAUCAAAGCUAGGUACUACUGGGAUUUUCAGCCCCAGGGGGGAGACCUUGGACAAGACAGCUCUGAGGAGAAUCACAGUGGAACUCACGGCCCAUCCCUCGUAUCAGAUGCACCCUUUUUAUCAGAUUAUCAGGAUGAGGGAAUGGAAGACAUCACAAGGGGAGCUCAAGAGCUUGAUAACAUCAUCAAGCAAGGAUACCUGGAGAAGAAAAGCAAAGAUCAUAGUUUCUUUGGAUCAGAGUGGCAGAAGCGAUGGUGUGUUGUCAGCAGAGGCCUCUUCUACUACUAUGCUAAUGAGAAAAGCAAGCAGCCCAAAGGGACCUUCCUCAUUAAGGGCUACAGUGUACGGAUGGCCCCCCACCUGCGAAGAGAUUCCAAGAAAGAAUCCUGCUUUGAACUGACCUCCCAGGAUAGGCGCAGCUACGAGUUUACAGCUACUAGUCCAGCUGAAGCCAGAGACUGGGUGGAUCAAAUAAGCUUCUUGUUAAAGGACCUGAGCUCCUUAACCAUUCCAUAUGAAGAAGAGGAGGAGGAGGAAGAAGAAGAAGAAGAAAUGUACGACGAUAUUGAUGGUUUCGAUGCCCCAAAUUCUGGUGCACAGUGCAGACCCGUUAUCUUGCCUGGGAGUGUAGGGAUAAAAGAGUCUACAGAGGAGAAAGAAGAAGAGGAAAUUUAUGAAAUCUUACCAGAUGAAGAGCAUGAUCUGGAAGAGGAUGACAGUGGCACUCGACAAAAAGGAGUGGACUAUGCCAAUUAUUACCAGGGUCUGUGGGAUUGCCAUGGUGACCACCCAGAUGAACUGUCCUUCCAACGCGGUGACCUCAUCCGCAUUCUGAGCAAGGAGUAUAACAUGUAUGGCUGGUGGGUAGGAGAACUGAACAGCCUCAUUGGGAUUGUUCCAAAGGAAUAUCUCACCACUACCUUUGAAGUGGAAGAAAGAUGA